GUCGCGGCCAACAUGGCGGCUGUUAUGGAUGAAAAUGAUUAUUUUGUGAGAGAAAUCGAGAAAAACGACGGUAGCACCCUGAAAUUGAAGCAGUGCUACUUGGGAGACGUUGGCUGUGUUGUUUGGGAUGCAGCUAUCGUUCUCGCAAAAUAUUUAGAGACGAAACAAUUUUAUGAUCCGUCCUCAGGAGUAAACGUGUGGGCUGGCAGGAGUGUGGUGGAGUUAGGAGCUGGGACAGGAGUUGUUGGUCUGAUGGCAGCAACGCUGGGAGCUGUAGUUACUGUGACAGACCUGGAGGAUUUGCAGACGCUCCUCAAGUUGAACAUCCAGGAAAACCAGGCACUUAUCAAUAGUGGAUCUGGAUCUGUUACUGCCAAGGUAUUAAAAUGGGGUGAAGAUUUGUCAGAUUUCCACCCUCUCCCACAGUAUGUCCUCAUGGCAGAUUGCAUCUAUUAUGAGCAGUCUAUUGUUCCAUUGGUGGAGAGCUUGAAGCUGCUCUCUGGACCAGAGACCUGCAUUAUUUGCUGCUAUGAGCAACGCACAGAGGGCGUCAACCCAGAGAUGGAAAGGAAGUUUUUUGAGCUGCUGCAACAACACUUCCACUGUGAGGAGAUCCCUUCAGACAAGCAAGACCCAGAGUUCAGUAGUCCGGACAUCCACAUCCUGCACAUCCGAAGAAAAGUCUGAGUUUGUGUGGUGAAAAUUGUGCGUAGAAUAAUCACUGUUCCACCCUGAUACUACAUGGGAAUCAGACUUAAAGUCUGUACUGGCAUGUGUAUAUUUAUUGAAUGUAUGAUCAUUACUGCACUCUUCUUUUUUUUAACAUUUUGUAAAGGAAAAAUGUGUUUUUGAUAUAUCACUACACACUGUUUAGUGAUAUAGAGAUUUAAGUAAAAAAGAAAAAAAAAGUGAAACCAGUGUGAACAUUUUUUUGUAUAAACCAAAUUUUUAUAAUAUUAGCAGUUUUAUUGGUCUCUGUGAUUGUAGGGCUGUGAAGGUAGAUGGCAGAUGUAGAUGUGCAUCAAGGACAUGACAGACUGUGUUUAUCUUUAAUAAAAUGAGUUGUUUAAGCGAGAGGGGUCCCAAAUAAA